AUGAACAAUAGCAGCCAAAUACCUUCAUCUGCUGCAUAUGGCUAUAUUUACGGAGAACAAAAUUGGCAAGAUGUUGUGGAUCAACCUGACAAAAAGCCUUACUCUAACUCUCAGCCGUCGGUGGGCAUGGUUUCGCUUGCCUCCAUCUCUCCGCCCGACAGCGAAUUCUCAAUGGAUACGCCCAACAUGAACACCACCUCCUGGAACGCUCAGGAUACCUAUAGCGUGGAUGGUAGCAUAAGAGAUCCAGCUGAGGACGACAGUCCUUUGAACGAAGCUCCUGGCGAAGUGGAGGACAGUCGUCGUUUAGCGCAGGAUAAACGCAAGAGGCGACGUGAAUCUCACAAUGCAGUCGAGCGCAGACGACGUGAAAAAAUCAAUGAACGCAUUCGGGUCCUGGGUGCGCUCCUUCCGGAAUCGUGCCUGGAUUACCAUGGUAAAAUUAAUAAGGGGAUCAUUUUAAAAGCAACUGUGGAUUAUAUCAGAGAGCUGCAAAGAGACAGAGUCAAUACUCGGUGGAGAAUACAACAACUUGAGCAUGAGCUCGCUGUUUAUCGCAAAGCUUACUGA